AGACUCCAGUCGACCUCCCUAAGUAGAAGCGAAAUAUGGGAUCAUCACCGCGACUAGCAACAGUUUACGAUCUGGACGAAAAUGACAACCCCAUUUUGCAUAGCAAACGGACCGCGAGUCGAGUAUCCAAAGCGACAUCUAAUCCCCAGUUCCAGUCCAGAGGUAAAGGUAGCCGUUCCACAUCCCAAGGAUGCAUCUUCGGCAAGUUGAGUUGCAAGGGCCCACUCAAGGAGAUGGUGGCAGCCUACAGCCGCGGUCGAGAACAUCCCCUCACUAUCUUUACUAGAAGUCAGGACAUCAGUCGAGAACGUAACGAGGUACCGGGGUACCCGUUUAGAAAAAUCGUUUUUACUGACGGGACGGAAAUCUUAAAUCCAGAUGCGAUGUAUGAUCGGGGCAGAUUUGUCUGCUUGACGGCUUUCAUCCCUAAGAAAGAGGAGAACUGUGCGGAUCCAAGGAUCUAUGUAGAGCAGAGGGUUUAUGAAGGCGGACAGGAGAAGAUUAUGGUCCUUGAGCUAGAUCUUGGCGGUAGAGUCCAGAUUGACAUGGAGUAUGUGUUUCCGGGCUGCGGUGACGAACAUAUCAAUCUGGGAAAGCGUGACCUGAGACUCCAUAUCAGAUCGCUGGAGCAAGAAGUCUUUGAUAGCUACAUGCUCCGCGCAAAUUACUAUGGCUAUGACACCAAUGACUAUGUUUAUCUUAACAGGCAGACCAUUUCACAUGGGCUGUCCUAUGCACCUCGAUCGAAUGGGGAAGUAGUACCCUACAAACUAUGCAUUAGCGCCCAGGAUCUACGAAUUCUCCUCGAUGCAAAGAGAAAAAAUCAAUUGCCGGCUGGCUCAUUCCUACUCGAUAGGAUAGAGCUGCUUGAACUACGUUUCACUGGACUCGGGGAGCGCACAGGAGACAAUACAUACGCAGGUGACCUCUUUGUCCGGGUGAUGUACAGUCCCUAAAGGCAGGCUUUUGUGCAGUUGCAAUAUGUAGAGCUUUUCUGUGGCUAGAUGGUUUUAUCACUCUACUUUUGCAUAGGUAGGAAGACCCUUCCAAAAGCGGCUUUAGGCGCGAAGAGCAGAGUUUCGAUUAUGAGUCCAUUCCGUCCAUACUGAGUGACAGUGUGCUAAUCUCUGGUGCGCACCAUAAAAUACAAUUACAACAAACGAAGCCCGAUUUCUGGCCGUGCGUCUGCCAUGUAGAUGGUUUCUCUGCUUCCUCAGCAAGUAGCGAGCAAUCAAUCUUUUCAGCCUCGCCAAAUUUCACCUUUCUGUAGUUGAAAGUCUCCGCGAAAGAUGUCUUUGCACCCCUUCAUUCUCAUAUCUUCUCGUUCCUGCUAAAUAUCUCAUCUUACUUCAGCUGCUACGAAAGGGCCGUUAGCAGUAACAUUAUAA